GUUACGAGUACUUACUUUUAAUAACCGUAUUUUGUCACUCUGUGCUUCUUCCAAAGACCACAAUUUCUGAAAAAAUCUGAAGUUUUUAUGCCAGAUUUUGACUCCAGGGCUUUUCAGUUAGCUUCUGGAUAAAACCAGUUUUCCAUAUCUGUACUUAUCUGGUGGUUGAUGGGUGUGGAGCAAAAUGGAUUCGGCUGCGAAGAAAUCCAAGAAGGAGAAAACUAUGAUAAUAGCAGUUGCACAGGAUCAAAGCGAAUCUUCUGGAUCUUUACCUGUUGCAGUCUGCUGGAACCAUGCGGCUGAGCGUGGUAUCGAUGGAAUUCGUGGAACGGAAUCUGCAGAUGCAGCCAUCACGAUCGAAAAGUACAUCCCCGGUAAAUAUGUCACAGCUGGAGCAGCCGAUGCCCUACUGCAUAAGCGCCGAGAUGAGGAGGAACAUCACGAGAACAGCAUUUCAAAGCAUGAUCCGUUUGAAAAUCUGCUGACUACACCAGCUCGUAAACAUUAUCCUGGUUCUCUGGCGUGCACAGCUGGCAUCAUGCAUUUUGAAGGCAACAGCCAUCUCACCAUGUCGGCAAGUACCCUUUUGGGAAUUUACGAUUCAUCAUCCAGAGAACUGAAAAUUGUACCGUUUGGCGACGUGUUUACUCACAUGAAAAUUCAGAGACCAAAUGUGGAAAAUGUAGAGGAGAAAUCCAGACAAGAGUCACCGAUAUCGCCCACAAGUAAAACAAUUUCCACCUUCAGCAGCAAAGCUAAACGUCGCCGACAUGACGAGCGCGUUUCAUCUGCACAAAUGAUACGGCAGAAUACGGAGCAGCUGUUGAAUCAUGACGACGAAGACGACAUCUCGCAGCUUCUGAAUGAAGGCAAAGAAGGCGAUGUGGAUCUGCGCAGUGGAGAGGGUAUCCGACCUACUCCAUGCCUUGACGCAUCCACUCCGGAACUGCUGUACAAAUGGAGCGAAAUCAUUCCGGACAAGGUGGUGACGGAUCUCCUCCCCCUAGCCGAAGAAAUCAGUGACAUCGUGGAUAACUCUUUCGAAGAAUGGCGAUCGAAAAAGCUGUUUUGCCAGUGUGCGUUAAGGUUACUCAAGCUCUUGCCAAAAGAUGUUCCAGACAGGAAAGUGCGAAUCGCAAAGAUACUGCUGAUCGAGUAUUUGUUCUUUAUGUACAAUAAGCCGAUCAAACCACUUCCGGAGCAGGAUUUUUUGCCGAAAGCAGCUCCUCGAACAGUGGCUGAUUACUUAAGGAAAGAAUUUACGAAGCCAUCAAUGACUGCUGCUAAGCACAGAAUGAUAAACCCCAAAGGAAAAAAUAAGAUUUUGGCGCAUUUGCUGCUGAUAUUGUUGAAUCUGGAGGACUAUACAUCUGAUGUUACCACAUUGCUGGCGGAUAUGCCUGGAAGAGAGCGAAAAACAUUCCAACAUCUGACAUCCAUUAUUGGUGCGAGAUUUUCUGAAAGCUUUCAGAAGACCGGUGAUAAAUUCUCUGUGAGUAUGAGCCAUCCAUGGAACUUUCCAAAGAAUCUGGCUGGCUCGCCUCGGAAAAGAAAGCGCUAGCUCUGCCACGUUAAAAACGCGAAAUUAAAGUGCUGAAGUUGGAUGAAAUUUUACAUAAAGCACUUGCAUGUCUGCAGAGAAUUUGCAUUGAUGUCAUGUUCUUUGUCAGUUUACUCAUGUUCAGUAACGUCGAUGCAUUAAAACAGCCAUUCUAGCCAUUG